AAUACCAGCGGGUGCGGCUCUGCAGAGUGUACAACAAUAACCCAAGUCCCUCUUCUCUUCUCUAAUCUCUUCCACCGACGAAGCCGGAAAAUUUGCCCUUCUCUUAAUUUAAUUCUAGCUAAACUAAACCGUUUAGCUUUUUUCCAAAGGUGCCCAUUUUUUGUUAAGGGGCGAUUUGUCUGUAAAGGAUGGUUGAUUUCCUCUUCGACGAUAUUUUCUCAGUGGAAGAAUUAAACCCAAAUAAAGAAAAGUUUGAUAAAGUUACUAGGAUAAAAGCGCAUAGUGAGAAGCAUGGUAUGUUGAUGCACCUAGAUGUGAAUACUGAGAUAUAUCCUAUGAAGGAAGGAGAUAGAUUUGUGAUGGUACUAUCUCCCACACUAAAUUGGAACGGAGUACCCGUCGCCGACUACCAUAAACAGGCUGAGCAGAAAUCACUUGCAGACAAAUUUGAAUACAUCAUGCAUGGCUUGCUCUAUAAAUUGACGGAAGAAGGUUCAGGAUCAGAUUUUAAAGUUGGCAUAUACGUCUCGUUUGGCGGGCUUCAAAUGAUGCUGAAUGGGGAUCCUGCCCAGUGUACCAAGUUUAAGCAUGAUCAGAAGAUGUUUCUUCUCAUUAGGAAGGUGUCAAAUGACUUUGUUACAGAUUAGAAGUGUUACAACUGGCAAACUAUAAAGUUUUGUUGGAUAAAAGUGUUUUUAGUUGUUUUCAAACGAUGCCUAAGUGCAUUUUUGAAAACUUCAUCGUGUUUUCAACUAUUAGAGGGUUAAAAAAAAAAAAAACCCACUAUUAGAGAUGUUUUAUGGCGAGCUUUUUAUUUUGUUCUCUCUAGUAUUUUAUU